AUGCCGUUGGACUCAUAUGCUUCUUCCUGUGCACAACAGUCAGAAAAAGCUGGUAUUAUUAUUAAGCACUUUGAAAGUGGUUAUGAUAUUCAACGCCUCAAAUUCUGGUCUUUAUCCCGAUAUGGCCUCGUUAAUGAUACCGUAAGGCAGAUGCCGGACCUGAUGAAUCAUCCUCAAGCUAGACAGAUUGAACUGGAUGUGCGUAGAAUGGGGUCUAUGAUCCCAAAAAAUUUAUCAUCAGAGGAGAAUGAAUAUUUAGUUACAGAGACCAAACGGCUCGCUUUGUCUAUUCUUGCCGAAUACCCCAACCUUCAUUAUUAUCAGGGAUUUCAUGACGUUUGCUACACUUUUCUGUCGGUUCUCGGUCCAGAUGAAGCCUUUGCAGUUCUUAAACAACUAGUUCCCAAACAUUUUAAUGUUUUUAUGCAGGAGACAAUGGAUGCUACGUCGGAAACACUUCAGCUAGUUUUUGAUCUUCUUCAGCUUACAUCCCCGGAGAUUUGGUUCAGAUUUCGGGCCUUGAAUUUUGAGCCCUUUUUCACACUCUCAUGGUUUCUCACUUGGUUCACUCACAUCCUUUCAGACAGCAAUGAUAUCCACCGGUUGUACGAUCUCUUCAUAGCCUUUGAGCCUAGUAUGUUGAUCUACCUGUCUGUCUCGGUGAUAAUAUGCAGUACAGAAGAAAUAAGUUCGACAUCUGAUGAUUUCGGAGAACUACAUCAUGCACUCACUCACCUUCCAAUGAAGCACGAUGUUGAAAAACUGAUUCAGUGUGCACUUGACAUUUACUUAAAAAUACGACCAGAGAGGUUGCUCAAGAAGGCUGAGGAUCGACGAGCAGUCGGUCGUACUAUCAAAAAACCUUCAGCCUCCUCCCUUACCUUGGGUUUUGUCAAUCAGAGUCUGCUUGUCUACGGAGCGAUUGCAGUCCUGACUAAAAUGCGAGCAUACGCGUAUAUCCUGACUGUUUGGUUUCUGGGCGUGCAGUGUGUGGCCAUCAUAGGUCCUGGAGGCUCGAGCUUCUCCUUGGUUGCCUCCUGGUCGGAUGCUGAUUUGGCCGCUUUUGCUGAUGUUAAUACGGACAGACGAACGGAUGCCAUCGUGUUAUCCUCAAGUGAAUCGGCUCUCUACGCCCUCUUGGCGCCGAAUGCCAAGCAGACUGACGGUAAACCCGAGAGGAAGAAAUUAAUUUCUCUGACGCACUCUCUCCCUCUCCGAAGCAUCGCUGUGGCUGACUUCGACGGCGACUCUGUAGCAGAUUUUCUUCUUGUUUUCAGAGACACCUCUAAAUAUAGUGUUAAUGUAUGGUAUGGGGGAAAGAAUGUAACCCGUUCCGUUGGAUCGUUUGCGACCCAACCGCUGGUGUGUGAUGUCAAUGCGGAUAUGAUUGCCGAUGUCUACGGCGAAAUGGAGAAUCAUCGCGUUGUCGCAUUGGGCGAACCAAAUGCUUUUUCGCUGCAAAACUUUACGCACUCAGCCACAUCCUUGUCUGAGCUGAGUAGUGCUGGAUUUGUAUCUCUCGCCUUUAAUCCCAAUCCAUCUCUCGUAGCCCUUGCUGUGGAUACAAUCGAAGUUUUCAAUGAUUUGACGCCAAAAGGUGAUGGAUCUCCCUCUUCUUAUCCAUUGCCAAUUGAACUUAAAGGUGCAAAUAGGCCUAUAGGGAAACUCGUUUUUGGCGAUUUUGACAUGUCAGGAAGAAUCCAACUGUUGAUUGCGGGUUGUAGCGAUAAUACCUGCAGGCACUCCUAUAUCUUCAUGCACUCACUGACUGGAAAUGCGGUAUGGGAGGCGAUUGCUGUGGAGUGGAACCCUCCAGACAUGGAGGGCAGUUGCUCUCUAGCACCUGCCUCAGUCGACCAAUUUUCGUCUGCGGCCAUCAUUGGCCUCUCUCUAGGCGAUGCUGAUCUCGAUGGUUAUCCAGACCUUGCGGUGGGCCUCAAAUGUACUCGUACUUCUGGCUUACGGCCGAUCAUUCUGCCAGCCAUUCUGCGCAAUCUUGCGGGUGCCGGAGGGAAGGUUCGAUUCCAGGCUUACCUUUUGCCUGGAGUUGAAUCUCAGGAAACGUUGAAACAGAUCGCUUUCUAUGACUACAAUGAGGAUGGUAUUUUGGACUUAUAUAUGUCCUACGAAGGCAGAGGGGGAGUCAGUACUUCUCUUUAUAUGCAGAAGCUUACAAAGGAGGCCUACUUUUUGAAACCGUAUUUUAAGGUUAUGCUGACAACCGGUCGUUGUGGCAGCCCAAGUCAGUGUCCCGACGGUGUUUUGCCCUACGGGCUGCCAGGUUACGGCUUCCGUGCCUCCUACGAAACGCAAGGCGCUGAUGGUGGACGUAUCCGCUCCAGUGCUGUGUUUGUCACCUCCUCCUGCUGUGGUGCUCUCCAACUACCUUUCACGACCUUCGGUUUUGGUGACUUUGCGACCUACAUCGAAAAUGUACCCGUUUCCGUUCCUGCUCCCACACAGCAAGCUCGGAAACAUAAGCUCACCUUUAUCGUUCCGAAUGCCCAAGUGGUUGUCGUUCCGUACCCCCCUGAUAACCCCUCAAAUUGGCAAGCCAAGCUAUUCUUGCAACCUCUCUACGAUAUGAAGGUCAUAUAUGUGGCAAUCACGUUACUGGUCACCUGCAUCGUUCUUCUUGUCGUUGUCGCUAUUCUUCAAUAUCUCGAAGUUCGUUCCGAUCAAAAGGAAAGGAUGCAGGAAUCUCAACGUUUUCACUUUGAUGCAAUGUAG